AUGGCAGCCAGAAAUCACACACGUGCUCCAGAAUUCCUUCUUUUGGGAUUGACAGAUGAUCCAGAACUUCAGCCCCUCAUUUUCUACCUUUUCCUGUCCAUGUACCUCGUUACUGUCCUUGGAAAUCUGCUCGUCAUCAUGGCUGUCAACUCUGACUCCCGCCUCCACACCCCCAUGUAUUUCUUUCUCUCCAAUCUGUCCUUUAAUGACAUCUGUAUAAGCACAACCACAAUCCCAAAGAUGCUGCUGAACAUACAAGCACAGAAUCAAGGCAUCACUUAUACAGGCUGCCUCACCCAGAUUGUCUUUGCCCUGGUUUUCGGCGUAUUUGAGAAUUUUCUCCUUGCAGCAAUGGCCUACGACCGCUAUGUGGCCAUUUGUCACCCACUUAUGUACAUGGUCAUCAUGAACCCCCGACUCUGUGUCCUGCUAAUUCUUCUCUCUUUCUCUCUUAGCAUUGUAGUUGCCUUGCUCAAUAGUUUGAUGGUGUUACAGUUGUCCUUCUGCAAAGACCUGGAAAUCCCUCAUUUCUUUUGUGAACUGGCUCAGGUUCUCAAGUUUGCCUGUUCUGAUACCCUCAUUAAUAACAUCCUGAUAUAUUUUACAACUAGCUUAUUUGGUAUUCCUAUGUGUGGAAUUAUUUUCUCUUAUACUAAGAUAGUCUAUUCCAUUUUGAGAAUGCCAUCGGUGAGUGGAAAGUAUAAAGCUUUUUCCCCCUGUGGGUCUCACCUCUCUGUUGUGUCCUUAUUCUAUGGGACAGGUUUCGGGGUGUACCUCAGUUCUGCUCUUACUAACUCUUCCAGAAACACUGCAGUGGCUUCAGUAAUGUACAUUGUUGCCCCUCAAAUGCUGAACCCUUUCAUCUAUAGCCUGAGAAACAGGGACAUGAAGGGAGCCUUCAGAAAACUCAUCAGUAGGACACAUUCUCUUCUUUGUUUCUACAACGGGUCAAAGUGA